CGCACAAUUAGUUGCGCGAAAUUACAUAAAAAUUGAGGUUGCUACACAUACAUGGCGUGGAUUGAAACUGUGCUGAAGAAGCAAAACGCGUUUGCUAUCGGAAACUGGAACUUUGAUGAGAUGUAAUGUAUCUUGCAAUCUAGCAGCUACCGUAUCUGAUUCGAAAGAAACAAACGUUGACUCGAUCAAGUCAUGCCGUUUGAAUUCCGGUCAUUGAUGUUCGGGAUUGUAAUCUUACUCGCCGUAUUCUUUAUUCUUGCUGAUAUUUCUGAAGUCGAAGAAGAAAAUAGGAAUCAUGGAGGCACAAGAACAUUUUAUUUGCCCAGCUACCUGUCCAAGUCCAACAGGACUGUGGUUGUGGAGCCAGAUCCCACUCAGAGACCCAUUGUGGGGGGCAGUAACCCUCCUCCUCCAAGUUGCAGUACAGAGGCCACUUCUGUUGAAUGGACCUUCAAUCGAACCCUCUCCAACAUGAUCAGGAAGAACAUCUUGAAAUUCCUGGACGCCGAAAGGGAUAUAUCAAUACUGAAGGGGACGCUGAAGCCGGGGGAUGUGAUCCACUACAUUUUCGACCGGCAGAGCACCACGAACAUCUCGGACAACCUGUACCGCCUCCUCCCGGAGGUGUCGCCCAUGAAGAACCAGCAUCACAGGCACUGCGCCAUCGUGGGCAACUCUGGGAUCCUGCUCAACAGCAGCUGCGGGCGCGAGAUCGACUCGCACGACUUCGUCAUCAGGUGCAACCUGGCACCGGUGGAGGAGUUUGCGGCUGACGUGGGCCGGCGCACCAGCCUGGUGACCAUGAACCCGUCGGUGGUGCAGCGAGCGUUCCAGGACCUGUCCAGCGAGGUGUGGAGGGAGCGCUUCCUGCAGAGGCUGCGGGGGCUCAACGGCAGCGUGCUCUGGAUCCCCGCCUUCAUGGCCAAGGGGGGUGAAGAGCGCGUGGAGUGGGCCGUCCGUCUCAUCCUGCAGCACACCAUCAACGUGCGCGCCGCCUUCCCCUCCCUGCGCCUGCUGCACGCCGUCAGAGGGUACUGGCUAACAAACAAGGUCCUGAUCAAGAGGCCAACGACGGGCCUGCUGAUGUACACCCUGGCCACAAGGUUCUGUGAGGAGAUCCACCUCUAUGGCUUCUGGCCUUUUGCGCGUGACUCCCUAGGGAACCUGGUCAAGUACCACUACUAUGACACCCUGACGUACGCAUACACGUCCCAGGCCAGCCCCCACACCAUGCCCCUGGAGUUCAGGACCUUGAGGUUGCUGCACAGCCAGGGGGCAUUACGCCUCCAUGUAGGGGCCUGCACCCCCAGAGAGUAACUCGAGAACAAAGAAGGGCGUCAUUCUAUAAAUAACUGACAGAGGAUUCUGGGAAGUGGG